AUGGAUGCCAUGGAUCCAAAUAAUUCACAAGACCAAAGCGAACAAGAGCAAGUACCAGAAAUCCCACUCGCAGCCGAAGAGGAAGAAUCGGAAAACAACAUGGAAGAUCAACCAGAGGGUUCCGAAUCUGUCCAAGAAGACGAAGACGAGGAGAUCCUAGCACAAGCACCUGUUAAGGAGGAAAUUAAACCGAAGGAGAAGAAAGGAAAGGGCAGACCCAAAAAUUCAGCUGGAAAGUCUAAAGAGCCACCAUCGAAGAAACGAAAGCGAUCUGAAGAUGUUAAGAAUGAAAAAGAAAACCAAAGUACUAAUGAAGCCAAAAAGGAAGGUAUCCUUGAAGAUGGCGAGCCCAAAACCGGCAAAGGUAGUGGCAGGGGCCGUAAAAAGGGAGAAUCAGCAGAGGCUUGGACCGAAGAUGUUGACAAAAUUCUAAUCGAUAUCAUCAAAAAACAUACGGGUGGUACUGCAGAGGGAAUACCUUGGAAAGAAACGUUGGCUGACUUCCAAGAAGCCUGCCCGGAGAUCCAGAAGACCUUGAAGGCUUUACAAAUGCGCUGGCAGAAUCAUCUAAAACCAUUCUUUAUUGAGCUGACUGAAGAACAAACGAAUUCUUUCAAACAAGCUGUGAAGGAUAUUAAUGGAAGUGAGAAAAAUGCUGCUAUUGCUUGGCGUUAUAAGAUUCUCACGAAUUCGAACCAUGAAUUGAACAAAGGGGCUGUUACAAAGUUAUUGAAGAACCUGGGUCUUAGCUAA